AGCAGUACAGACAUUUGAUGAGGUAUCUGUCAGUUUUAAACAGAAGUAUAUGCCAUCGAGCGAUGGAAGCGUUAUGUCUGAGAAGGUGAACGGACCAUGGCGAAUUAAGUAACUGAAUGAUGGUAUUAAAUGGAAAGAAAAGGCAAAUAAUGUUGUUGAAGAUUAAUGAUCGGCGAGAGAGAGUGAACGAAGGGAAUAAAAAACCCCAGCCGCCAGCCUGCGCCAACCAGGAAGUGUAUCGCGAGUCAGGGCCGGCCGGCCAGCCGGCCUCGAGGAGCCGCUGUCUGUCUGAGGCUUCACGGUGUGGCCGGGCUGGCGCAGGACCCGGCGACAACUCCAGCGUGGAGCCCACCACCCAACCACGAUCUGCUGCGAGGAGGAUCCCCGCCUGGCAGUUCUGUUUUUCGCAGCUGUUUACUUAGUCCAGCUUCGAGUUUUACUUCCGCGGCCUCCCGGUUUCCCCAGGGACUCUCGAAUUCAUCGCUGGCUGUUAACUGGUAAUGUCCCCUUGGACAGAAGGUCAUAAUGUCUAGGCUGAUUUCUACAGGUGCACGUUACCUGACACACAGACUUCUUUACAUGAAUGUGUAUGACCCAUCUUUAGUUUCAGUGAAUACGAGGUGUGUUUUAUCAUAUUUAAGGACACUCCCACGUUAUAAACAUCCUGUGUCAUUGCUGUCCACACUGUGUUCAUUGGUGGAUGAAAAAAAUAUUGUUCUUCUGGGUGCUCCUGGUGCAAGGAAGACAAGAGUGGGGGUCAUUCUUGGCCAGUUGACAGGCCUUCCUGUGAUCGAUAUUGCUGAAGUACUUGAAAAAACCUGGCAUAUGAGUGUAAAUCAGAAGCUUCAGCAGAUUGGUGAUGAAUUAUUUUUGCAAGAGGAGGGUGAAAUUCUUAAGAGCUUAUCAAUAACUCGAAGCAUUAUUACUCUUACUGGGUCCAAUCCAAUGCAUCCCCAGAGUAUGUACCACAUAAAAAAGAAUGGAAUCAUUAUUUAUCUUGAUGUACCUCUUGAAGAUUUACUUGAAAGACUUGAAGGGAUGAAGGUAGAUCAUAUUGUUGGGCUGAGGCCUGGCAUUCCGGUACAAGAAUUUCUUCAGUGCAGACAACAAUUUUACCACAAGUGGUAUGACAUACGGAUUCUAUGUCAUUUUGGUGAUACAUCAGAAACUGUUGCUGAGAAAGUUCUUGAUGCUUUGAAGAGACAUCAAGGCUCGAGUGCAUUUAUUUCCACAAGAAGUAUAGCUAAAACUCCUGAGUUAAUGAAAGAUCCCAGCACCUUCACUGAUGUUCUUAUUGAAGGCUUGGCUUUGGAUGGCGGUCUCUAUGUCCCUGCGGAUUCUCUUCCAGAAAUAACUGUUGGAGAGUGGCAAAGGCUGGUUGAGGCAUCUUAUGCUGAGCGGGCACAGGUCCUUCUGGAGAGGAGUGUGCACCCUGACGAUGUGCCACCUGUCAAGCUGCGAAAGAUGGUGAAAAGAGCUUAUGGACAGAACUUUACAUGUAACAGCAUUGCACCAAUCAGACAUUUGACUGAUAAUCUGUUUCUUCUUGAAUUAUUCCAUGGGCCUACAGCAUCCUUCAAAGAUUUUGCUUUGCAAAUGAUGCCACAGCUAUUUGCUUAUUGUAUGCCUAGGACUUGCAGUUACCUGAUUCUAAUGGCUACAUCUGGGGAUACAGGGAGUGCUGUUCUGGAUGGUAUCAGUUGUCUCAGUGAUAAUGACAAGCAGAGAAUAUCAGUUCUUACAUUUUUUCCCGAAGAGGGAAUUAGUCUGAUUCAGAAGGAACAGAUGAUUAGUUAUGAAGGGGAAAAUGUAAAGACAGUAGGUGUCAAGUCUAACUUUGAAUUCUGUCAGACAACCAUGAAACAGAUACUCACAAAUUCCAAUUACACUGGCUUUCUGACAGUUGAAUAUGGGUCAGCUCUGAGCACUGCAAACUCAAUAAACUGGGCUUGUCUGCUGCCACAGGUAAUCUAUCAUGCCUCUGCCUAUCUUGAUCUAAUCAAGCAAGGCAUAAUUGCUUUUGGAGAUCCAGUUGAUGUUUGCAUUCCCACAGGGAAUUUUAGCAACGUAUUGGCAGCAGUAUAUGCAAAAUGCAUGGGGAUUCCAAUUCGAAAAUUCAUUUGUGCUUCAAAUCAAAAUAAUGCUCUGACCAAUUUCAUAAAAACAGGCAAAUAUGAUUUGAGAUAUAGAACUGUAACAACUUCCUUGUCUCCAGGAUUAGAUGUUCUCAGGCCCUCAAAUUUUGAGAGAUAUUUACACCUUGUUGCACAUGGCGACGGGCAGCUGAUGAGGGAGUUGUUUUCGCAGUUGGAUGAAAGGAACCACUUUCAGGUGCCAGAUACUUUGCUGAGGAGAAUUCAACAUAACCUUGUGUCAGAUUGGUGUUCAGAGGAAGAGUGCUUGGCUGCUAUAUACUCAGUGCAUAAGUCUGCAGGAUACAUUUUGGACCCACACACGGCCGUAGCAAAAGUUGUAGCAGACCGUCAGCAAGACCGAAGCUGUCCAGUUAUUAUUUCGUCAACAGCUCAUCCUUGUAAGUUCGCAGCUGGUGUGUUGCAGGCUUUGGGAGUUAAGGAAAUUGGCCAGCAUCCAAUCGAUCAGCUGCAGAUGUUGAAUUCCCUAAACUCAUUGCCUUCUGUUCACAAAACUGUGCUGCAGAGAAUUGGCAAGAUUCAUGUCCAGAAUUGGCAAGAUUCAUGCCCAGCAGAUCCAAAUGUAUUUAUGGAUACUAUAGAAAACUUUAUUCAACAAAAAUUCAUGAGAGUUAUUUAAAUUACUUGAUUUUCACCUGUAAACUCUUGAUUCAUUAUGAUCGAAGUUUGAGGAAUGAAAAUCUCUUUAUGUUUUAAGCUGAAUUUGGAAGCAUUGUAUGUUCUCUCAUGUUUGGAUUGUCCUGGAGCACGUGUAUUAACCGAAUCCUGUUCCUUUAUGCGGCCUUUAAGCUUCUGUCAUCCACUGUAUGAACAUCUUUGUCAUUAACAGAUUAUAUAGGAUAAAUAUUUCAGCAGUAAGAGAAGCAUUGUAUCUGCUACUGUGAAGCAAACAGAAGCUAGAGGUUAUUGGAGGAGAUCUCUUACCUAACAUUGGCCACAACAUAAUCCAGUUUGAAGUACUUAAGGAAAAUAAAGACCAGAACAUAUUGAAGGUAAAAUGCUUAACUGUGGAGAAGCUAAUUUCUUUUGAAGUUGAUUAAGAAAAGGACCCUUUUCUCCUUGGAGUGAUAGAGGAUGAGAGGUGACCUGAUAGAGGUGUACAAGAUAAUGAGAGGCAUUGAUCGUGUGGAUAGUCAGAGGCUUUUCCCCAGGGCUGAAAUGGCGAGCAUGAGAGGGCAUAGUUUUAAGGUGCUUGGAAGCAGGUACAGAGGAGAUGUCAGGGAUAAGUUUUUUUUACGCAGAGAGUGGUGAGUGUGUGGAAUGAGCUGCUGGCAGCGGUGGUGGAGGCGGAAAUGAUAGAGUGUUUUAAGAGACUCCUCGAUGGCUACAUAGAGCUUAGAAAAAUAGAGGACUAUGAGUAAAGCCUAGGUAGUUCUAAGGUAGGAACAUGUUCGGCACAGCUUUAUGGGCCGAAGGGCCUGUAUUGUGCUGUAGGUUUUCUAUGUUUCUAUGACCCACCAGUUAGAUUGUGGAACUGUGCAAUAUUGAAACGAUGAAGACACUCUUGGAAUAGAGUGUUCAUGUGGUAAGUAAACAUAUUUACCUGAAUGAUAAAGAUACAACAUCCAGUACUACUGCAUCUGAAUGACAAGGAAGUAUAAAACAAGCAGGAAAAAUGGUACUUAUGACAAAUAUCAAGAGCAAGAUUCAUGUACUACCCAGGAAAACAAUGGGAACUACAGAGAUCUGAAAAAGUUAUUGCUGGUUGUGAGAAAUUAAUAACAUUAGUUUAAAGUGCAAAGCGUUUUAUAAGUAAUAAUAAGACCUGUGGUCAGAUCUUUGUGAAGGCAAUACAAAAUAUUCAUUUAACACUUGUUCCAGAAACUAUGGCAGAAGUAUCAAUUGAGUCCUUUGCAUGUAAGAGCAACCUCAAGUUUUGAAGGUUACACUAAAGGAGUAGAGGGAGUUUUUUCAACAGAACCUAGUAGAGAGAGGAGAAAAACCAAAAAAAAAAUUAAUGUGGUUGAGGAAAGAAUAAAUGCUGAAAAUAGUAGAGGAAUUGUUUGCAACUUUUCAUUCCUCAUUGGAUGCAGAAGUAAUGUUAAAGUGCUAAUUGUUACCUAAUAUUGUACAACUACUCAAGGUAGGGAGAGAAGCUAGGAAACAGGUCAGUCAACCUGUAGGGAUUAUUUUACUCCUUAUUUUAUUUAGAAUUUCAGGGCAGAACAGAUCCUUCCACCCACUAGCCAACCUAUUUAACACUAGUCUAAUCACAGGACAAUUUACAAUGACCAGUUAACCUUACUAACUGGUAUAUCUUUGGACUGUGGGAGGAAACUGGAGCACCUGGAGGAAAUACAGGUGGUCACAAGUAAAACUUACAAACUUCUUACAGACAGCACUGGAUUGAACUUCGACCUCCGAUUCCCUAAGCUGUUAACCGUGUCACACUUACUGUGGUGCCCCACAGUAUUCUUCACUUGUCCAUUGCAUAAUAGAGAGAUACAGCACAGAAACAGGUUGCUUGGCCCAUCAUCUCUGUGCAAUCAUCAAGCUCUAUUUUUAUACUAAUCCUGCUGAUGUCCAUAUUGGUCUCUAUAUAUUCCCAUAAACUCCCCUCAAGCGACCACCACUUAACUAUAUACCAGCGGCAAUUGGCUAAUUAAUCUAUCAACCUGUAUUUUUUUUCUGGGAUUUAUGAGGAGACUGGUGCACCCAGAAACAAUCCAUCUGGUCACAGGGAAAACAAGCAAACAGCAUUGAAGGUCAGUAUUGAACUUGAGUUGUGGAACUGUGAGGCAAUUAACAUGUUGAAGUUUAAUCCUGAAUUGCUGUAUUUAACUAGCCUUAACCACCUGGGCGGUCACAGUUUCAAAAGAACAGGUCUGCUAUUUGUAACUGUGAUGAGAAAAGAGUGGUGAAUCUUUGGGAUUUUCUAUCCAGGAGGACUCGUGUCGUGAGGGUAUUCUUGACAGAGAUGCUUCGACUUUUGGAUAUUAAGGAAAUCUAAGGAUAUGGGAAUAGUACAGGAAAAUAGUGUCAAUAUAAAAGACCAGGCAUAGUUUUACUGAAUGGCAAAGCAAGUGCAGAGGGGGCCAAAUUGUGUAUUCCUUGUAUUUCCUUGUUCUUAUAUUGGAGUUGUAAUUUUAUUUUCAAAGAAAUAAAUGGUGUUUAUCAGUAAAAUUUUCUUACUGUUCCAUAUAACAUGCUUGCUUGUAUACAUGUAUACAUAUUAUCAUUGGCUCCUGAUAAUCAGUUCCAUUACUUAAACAAGAUUGUCACAUUUUAAUUGUUAGUUUCUUAGUUUCCAAAUUAUUUUGAAGAUGGUAAUUUAGGGUGUCUGAUCUUCUGGUGUCUUCAAUGAUCCUGAUAAAUCAGUAUCACUCUGUCUAUUUUAUUCUAGAAUGAGCAGAAUUUCUCCCAAGCAAGCAGUGUAUUAAACAGCUUUACUAGAUAUAAAAGCAUAUAUCUAGUGUAUGAAAUCAUACAAUUGUGUAGUUCCAGGAAACUCUAUUUAUGAAUGUUAUUUGUAGGUUAAUGAUUAGAGAAAUCCACUUGUGUCAGUUGUCUCUGUGGCAGGUGUUAAGGUUCCAGCUGGUUAAUUCAUAAAAUUUACUAUAAUAUCUGACACUCACAGUCAACAUGCACAUGGGAGACAUUGUGUUGGAGUUGCCAAACAUGGCUCCAAGUGAUUAGUCCCUGGACUUUGCAAUUUCCUACUAAUUCCUGGCUUCACUUUUGAAGGUCAGCUAAAAAGCUGGCCAUGACCAAUCUCAGCCAACUCCUAAGACCAGUCUUGGCUUUAUUGUAGGCAUAUUUUGUGUAAUAGAGAGCAGGUCUCAUGACAAAAGCUGUCCUUACCAGUACUGGCUAAAGGUGCGCAUAUUAUUGAAUUUGAGGCAAAUGCAUCUUUGUUGUUGUUCCUUUUCAUACCCUGUAGCGCAUCAAGUGGCAAUCUUGCUAUUUCUUUAGCAUUUGUCUUUUUUUUUACGAGGCUGAGUUGCUUGCUCGACGCUCAACCCAGCACGGAUGGAAAGUGUGCAAGGAGCUGGUUGUAUUCAAACCCAGGACCACUCGCCUCGAAGUCCAGUGUGGAUGCCACUGCACCACCGGCUGGCUAAAAUACAUCUUUGAUGGCAUUCAAAAUGAGAGUCAUUGUCAUUCUGUAGACAUAAUAACAGGUUCUGCACAACUAUCAGUUAACUACAUAAUUGAGUCCAAAGUGAGCCUAUCAUCUUUCCUGCUUGAAUUUCUAAUCCUCAUCCUCAGUGGAAAUACUGGAUUAUGGAAUCACACAAAGCAAAUUUACUUUGUGGAAUGAGAUUAAAUUAAAGGAAUUCCCAUUUACUCUAACGUAGAACAAAAAAAUGUGUCGAGUCAGUGCAAAUAUGCGUAAAUAUUUUCCAUUUCUGAAUUCUCAGUGGUGUUUAAAGAGUUUGUUCUACUUGCCAUGUAUUGAGCAAAUCAAUUUUGUUGUAAGAAAAGUAAAUGUUGACUUAUUGAGCAGAUGUUGUGUCCCAGAUUACAACUUUGAUUGGAUUUUUAAUUAUUUGAUUUGUACUGAUUGGAAAAACUGACUUGAAGACCAUUAAAAUUUAAAAUCCUU